UGUGUGUGUGCAGGAAGGCGAAGCGGCGAGCAGGAGGGAGCAGCAAAGGACGUCCUUUUUUUUCGAGCCCCUGGAGCCGGAGAUGCGAGAGACGAGCAGCUCUUAACCCGCCGCCGCUGCAGGAUCUCUGGGUAGAGAAGGAAGGAGCUGCCGCUGAUUUCCUGGUUCUGGUCCUGGUCUGAAUCCUGGUCUGAUCCUGGUCUGGUCCUGGUCUGAUUCUGGUCUAGAUCCUGGUCUGGUCCUGGUCUGGUGUGAGGAGAUUUGGCUACGAGGGAUUCCACUUUUCUGCAACAAUUGAAUGUAACAUUGAUCAGAUAAAGAAGGCAGGGAAUUAAAAAGCCAUCAUCAUGAAUUUCGUUAUGAAGCAAGCAUUGGGAGGGGCCACCAAAGACAUGGGCAAGAUGCUCGGUGGAGAGGGGGAGGAGAAGGAUCCUGACGCUGCGAAAAAAGAGGAGGAGAGGCAAGAAGCGCUGAGGCAACAGGAAGAAGAAAGGAAGGCCAAAUAUGCAAAAAUGGAGGCAGAGAGAGAGGGCAUCCGACAGGGCAUCAGGGACAAGUAUGGCAUUAAGAAGAAGGAGGAGAAGGAAGCGGAGGCGGCGGCUGCUAUGGAGCAGGCGUCCGAGGGGAGUCUCACCCGCCCCAAAAAGGCUGUUCCCACCGGCUGUGGCGACGAGGAGGAAGAGGAGAGCAUCGUGGAUACGGUCAUGAAGUUUAUCCCGGCACCCCUCAUGGAUAUGUUCAAUAAAAAGUAACAGUGUUUUGAUUUAAAUAUGGUUAUAAUAUCCUUCUAAUUAACGCUGUACCAGCCUGUCCUACUCCAACCUGCAGUCAUGUCUAUCUUUACCCCGUCCCGCCCCGUCAUCCCAACGUCUACGUGUCCUGGAAAUGUGCAGCGUGCCAUUAUUUUGUCUGUGAGUUAAACUGAUCUCAGACAGUGAUUCAUACCUUUUAAUAUCUCAAGCAGAGCUCAAGCUCUGCCUUGAUAAACUGUAAUUCUAUUUUAAAACGUAUGAAACACUGACAUAGAGCUAAAGUCUUUGAUUUUAAGGCAAACAUGAUGCCAUGUUUCAAAAUCUCCAAGCACUCAGAAUGAGACCAGAUAUCAUCCAUCAUCCACCCUUUUUGUUUGUAAAUAGCCUCGGUUAUAAAUAUAUAUAUAUAUAGAUAGAUAUAUAUAAAAAAGGAGUACUAUAUAGGAGUGAAAUAUGACAUAUAGCAAGAUAACUCAAGAGUAUAAGCCAUAUUUUUAACUUUUAAGAAAUUAUCCAAAUCAUGUCAAAAUUGAAUUGAAAAUUUUCUUUUAUGUUCUUGCUAAUAUUUGAUACAUACAGUGUAUAUAAAAACUUGCAUUUUUGUUGGUUUUCCAUUGUGAGGAGUCGCCCGGUAAAGUCUCCGUUAUGUUAUGUAUGAACACUACAUUUGAAACUAAAUCUGUAAACCUGAAAGUGAAGGAAUUUAUUUGCAAUGAGGCUUUUUUUUCUUCCUUUGUUAACUUUUUUUAAGCAUGCACUUAAUGGUUGUGAAGUGAUGUGCAUAUAUGGGUACUUUAUUUGUCAUAAUGAAGCGAAAUACAUUGAUAUUUGAGGCAAUAACUCGUUCUCCAUUUUUAUUUAAUUGACAUUUCACCCAACAUUAACAGCGAGCUAUAACCUGUGUCUAAAAUGUUCUUCCAUGGAGAAAACAUAUAAAUGUACUCUUUACAUGAAGCUUGUCUAAAAGCGGUAAGAUAAAUAUAAAUUCCCAGGCUGUACAUGUUUUGUUGGGUCCCUUUUGCAGGGGCCACUUAUUCUGCUUUGUUUUAAAGACAUGAACAAGUUUGACCUUCCCUGUUAGUUUUAAAUUGUGUUAACAUUUCCCAUUUUUUAUUACUGUAAAAAGAAAAAAAAACUGAACGAAACAAAGAAAGAAACUUCAGCAACACAACUAUGUUGUGAACUCACUAUAUGUGAACAGACAGUGACAAUAGUGCAAUAUAUAGAUCCAGAUGAAGUUGUCCUGUAUCCGUUGGUUUAACUGGCGGAAGUCAAGUCUCAAAUCAGCAAUAACAGACAAUCUUCAUUGUUGUAUGUUUUAAAGUUACUCUUUAAUGUGUUAGUCAGCGUUAAAGACACAGACGUGACAUAUUGUGGUAAAAGUGAAACCUCUGUGGGUCAAGUGUGUUAAAUUCAAAGUGAAAAGAGGGAAGAUGGGAGGAUUUGUUUGUUGUCAUCCAACUGUUCGACCCCAUGACACACAACGACAAGCACAAUCAGGAUUUGUGGGUUUUUUUUAAAUGACACUGAACAGGCUGAUUAAACCGUGGGCUUUUCAGACACUGACGUGAACAAAUCGUGCACAGACUUGUCUUGAGAAGCCCAAAAAACGAUUUACUGCCCAGUCUGACACGUAGUUAAAUAACUGCCAUGGCACAAAUUUAAAGAUAUGGAAAAAUAAUCAAAUUUUUCUCCAUAUGCCUUGUUUUUUGUUGUCUUUUUUAUUGCUCCUUCAUUCCACCGUGUUGUUAAACAUUCCAGAUAUUUCAAACAUUCCUCGAGACCUCUGCUGGUAACACGCCGACUUACUUGCUGUAGGCCUUCAGUCAAUGCCUUCUUAGCCUACACGUAGGCAACAUCACAAUGAGUAGCUUCAAAUAUUCCUGCUAUUAAAACUUAGAAACUGAUGAGUAGAUGUGUUACGGUUAAUGUAGAAAAACGUCUAUUUUGCAAAAUAGCCGGCUAAUGUGCAAAAUAACCGUCAGGGCGGCUAAUGUAGAAAACGGCAGUAGCCGGUUAAUGCUGUGGAUAAAGUGUCAGACCCGACACUUUUUCGGAGAGUGUAACGUUAGGGAGUGUAACGUUAGGCUUCUCCAACAGCCAUAAACAGCCUCGUCAACAACAAGCAUGUGCAGAAUAUGGGCUUCUUCCAUUGGCUGCUACGCACCAACUGCACUGAUUGGCGACUGUAAGUGACCGGUUUGAACCGUGUCGAGACAGAUGGUCACGUGAAGUUCCAGCUUCCUACCUCCUGCAGGGCUUCGAACUGGACUCAACACCUUUGUGUUAGCUUAACUUACUACCCAGCUUCCUAACCCCCCUGCAGAAGACGACACCUUGGAAGUUGGUUCAAACAGACUUGAAUCACGAGAACACCCUUGGGGUAAUUUAGAAGUUAGUGACAGUCAUGCCAAAUGCCAGAUAAUGACAUUUGGCCACAGAUCACAUCUGACUGUAAAUUACUUUUUGUCUCUCACUUGGCUUGUUUAAUCCUGCCUUUUGUACUUUAAACUUCUUGUAUAAAAACCUUGUUACAAAAUCCCUCUGGGUCAGCAUAUCAACCAGACACUCGUCUGUGUAGAUCCACUCACCGCCGGCUGAAUAAAAACUCACUAUACCACAAGCGGACUUUUGAACUGGUUUUGAGAAAUUCCCCAACAAGCGUGAAUUUCAUCCAUUCAACUGAACUGUAGGCUAUUUUGUAGUGCAGUAACUGGACUCUAUCUACUAAAUGAAUUACGUUUGCUUAGUUUGUUUGGGUUUCAUCAAUUUGUGCAAAUGGAGGAGGAGGAGAGACCUCAUCUCAUCAUGAUUCAGGUUUAGGAGCUUCACCUUCCAUGAGAGACGCAACAACUCUUUGUCUGUUUUGGAGGUGCAAAGAGAAGGUGGGAAUAGAUCUUUCCUCACAAAGACUCACUGGAUAUUUACAGUACAUUCCCCAGACCUAUAAGGCUGGUAGAGGUGAUGUGCCCAAAUUCAGAGUGCACUCCACUGCGCUUUGUCACCUCGAGACAAUUGUCUCGAGGUGACCGGAGCAUCGAGACUGGAGAGAUGAUUAAAAAUGUGAUGUCCGCGCACCAUGAGCUUAAAAAUGUAUGUACUUUCCAAAAUAGCCGUUUUUCUACAUUAGCCACCCUGCCGGUUAUUUUGCACAUUAGCAGUCUAUUUUGCAAAAUAGCCGUUUUUCUACAUUAACCGUGACAGAUCUGAAUCGACGGUGGGAUCGAUAACUUAAGUGACCGUGCUAAUGCAGAGGUUUAUGCUAGCUGCCAUGUACAGUACAGAAGCCGCACGUGAAGUCCAAGGGAUCAUUAAAGUGCUAUUGAUAGUGAUAAGAUUUGUAAGAAAAAAAUGUUUUUGUGACGUGCACAAUAGUUGUAGUUGCAAUUGAGGUUUUUUUCCAACCCAACUAUUUUGCCACACCAUCGUUGUUUUACGCUGGCUGUACUAGACAUAAAACAAUAGCGACUCUUAACGUGUGUGUUCCUUUGCAGUCCUGUGACUUCGUAAAGCUCUGUAAACAUGUCGAAAAUAUGUCAAAAAAAGCAGCAAAAAGUGAAAAAUGUGGUAGGGCCUUUAGAGCACACGCUUUGAAGUUCCAGGUAUUUUAAUGUACGUGUAAACUGCCUUCGCUAGCACCUCGUCCAGCGGUGAGUUAGCAGAUAGUCGUGCGUCACGCAUCCAUUACCAGAGCAGUUAUUUAAGCAAACCAAAGAAUAGAGAUGGUAGCACUAGAUGUAGAGAAGUAUUUUCCAUUCUUAAUUAACUGCAUACCUUAUUUACGUUCAAAUUCUCAGGUACUCUAGGUUCUUUUUUGAGUAGAAGUUUAACCAUAACUAGUCUUUUGCUGUAGUGUAGAAUUAGUUUUGACGCUAAAUAACUUACCAGUUUCAAGUCUAGCAACCUAGUUAGCCGAUAGUAACUUUUAUUUGAGUAACAUAUCUCAUGUUUGACCCAAGAAUAUCCUAGAAAGCUACGAUUACUGCCCUCGUAAAGGAUUCCAAGCUGCAACACCAUAGAAAAUGUAUCUAGAGUGUUCAGUCUUUUUUUGAAACCGGUGUGCUCUGAAAUCAGAUCACGCUUUUCAUCUCGUCCACCGCCCGAUACCACGAUAAACUCAUUCAGCAUUAUCUCGUGAACGCCGCUCGAUUGUGUUCCACACAGCUUUUAGACCACUGCCCAGACAAACUGCCCAAGUCAUGCGUGAAUCGGUAUUUUGUAGUCCAGUUAACGCCGUAAAACCACUACUGUUCGAAGUUGCUCAUUUGUGCCACUAUUACAGCCGUUAAAACGUUGAAAAAACUGCUUGAAAUGGCUUUUAAAAACUAAUCCUUUGAUGUGACUUGAAUGUAACUGACGUUUCUCUCGUCUCGCAUCUGUCUUCUCUGUUCUGUACGUGUUAAGAAGAUGCUUACUCUGGUGUGUUUUUAUUUAUGUCUUUAUAUUUUUUCUUGUCUGUAGUCAGUCCUGUUUCUGUCCUCUGGUGUUUUGUAUUUUGAGAAGAAAAAAAAAAAAAAAAAGAAACGUUAAUUUGGUGAAUUUUUUGUACUGCAAAAUCUCCACACCCUUCUCCCUCCUUCUCUCUUUGUCUCCUCUCUCUAGCUCCCUAUUUGUGGACAAAAAUUUAUGCAUGCUUAUGGUGCGCAAUGUAGGCAAGGUUGUUGAUGUAACUGUUCUGUGUCCUCUGUGUUCCACCUGUUAGCCUCACUGCAUGCCAUUUUAGACAAAUAUUUCAGUCUGUAACCUAACUUACUGCAAAAAUGGAAUCACCACACACUGAGAAUAAAGUGAUUUCAUAUAA